AUGGCGUCAGGCGGGUGGUCCACGGGCGCGUGCCGGGGCAGGGUAUUUGGGAAGACUAAAGAUUUGUUUGAGAAGUAUCACGACUUGGUUGAAGAAGAAAAACAAAUCCUAAAGAAGUGUGAUGGACUUCCACUUGCAAUAGCUGCCAUAGGUGGUUACUUGGCAAGCCGACCAAAGACAAUAGAAGAGUGGAGAAAGUUGAAUGAGAAUAUCAGAGCUGAGUUAGAGAUGAAUCCAGAGCUUGGGAUAAUAAAAGCUGUGCUUGAGAAAAGCUAUGAUGGUUUACCCUACCAUCUCAAGUCUUGUUUCUUAUAUCUGUCCAUAUUUCCUGAAGACCAGACCAUUAGUCGAAGGCGUUUGGUGCGUCGGUGGAUAGCAGAAGGUUACUCAUCUGAGGCACAUGGGAAGUCUGCCAGUCAAAUAGCUGAUGACUACUUCGUGGAACUCAAGAACAGAAGCAUGAUUUUACCAUCUCAGCAAUCAGUUUACAGCAGGAAAUCAAUAGACUCUUGCAAAGUCCACGAUCUCAUCCGUGACAUUGCCAUCUCAAAGUCAAUGGAGGAAAACCUUGUCUUCACACUGAAAGAAGGCUGCAGCAUGAAUAUCCAUGGCCCAAUACGCCAUCUUGCUAUAAGUAGCAACUGGAAGGGAGAUAAGAGUGAAUUCGAGGGCGUAGUGGACAUGUCCAGAAUACGAUCACUAUCACUGUGUGGCGAGUGGAGGCCAUUUUUCAUUUCUAAGAAGAUGAGUUUUCUACGAGUGCUCGACUUGGAAGGGACUAAUAGUGAUCUAAAGUAUCAUCAUCUUGAUCAGAUUUGGAAGCUCAUUCACCUAAAAUACCUUUCUCUACGGGGAUGCAUUGGCAUUGAUCUACUGCCAGAUUCAUUGGGCAACCUGAGGCAACUCCAAACGCUAGACGUCAGAGAUACAUGGGUAAGGGCUCUGCCAAAAACCAUCAUCAAACUUCGGAAGCUACAGUACAUCCAUGCUGGAUGGCACACAGAUUACGUAAAGGAGGAAACUGAUAGUUUAAUGAAGAGAUUCCCUGCAGCCGUGACGAGAGCAUAUAAAGAAAGAGGUGCUAUGGUGCCAAGGGGUAUCAGAAAACUUAAAGACUUGCACACACUACGAGAAGUGAAUCUCGGAAGGGGAAAUAACGUUCUACGGGACAUCGGAAUGCUCACAGGGUUGCGCAAGUUAGGAGUGAGCGGCAUCAACAAGAAGAAUGGCCGCGCGUUUUGCUCGGCCAUUUCCAAUCUCAGCAGGCUGGAAUCGCUGUCGAGCCUCAAGCUGUACGGCAAUCUGGAAAAGUUGCCGGUGAUAAAGGAGCUCCAGCAUCUGGUGAAGUUGAAACCAGUAGGCACUUGGCUAUUGGAGCACGAUGCUACUAUGGAAUUCCUUGGGAAACUACCGAAGCUAGAAAUUUUAGUUCUGCUUCGCAACUGGUCGUCGUUUCAGUGUGAAGAACUUGAUUUCAAAUCUCCGCAGGGCGGAAUAGCAUUCGGAAGCCUCAGGGUGUUUACCCUUGAAGUGACAGCGAACAUCAAAUCAAUCAAAUUUGACGAAAGAGCAAUGCCCAAACUGGAGCGGCUGCAUGUCACAGGGGAAGUAAACAAUGAAAUUGAUUUUUCUGGGUUAGGAUUUCUCCCAAGCAUCAGCGAGGUCCAGAUACAGGUUCAGAUCACCCGUCAGACGCUGAAGAAGACCAGUGGGCUGCCUGGUAGCAACUGCCAAGUGGGUCCAAGUCUAAUAUGGCACGUGAUAGACGCCGCUCCUGAUCCUGAGACUCAAAACAAGAUAUUGGAGGAAGAAAGACAUGAACGAAGGCGCAAGAAAGAUACAGGUUCAGAUCACCCGUCAGAUGCUGAAGAAGACAAGCAGGCUGCCUGGGAGCAACUGCCAGGGGUUUCUACGCUCUCCGCGCUUAGAAUGGGCUGCCGGGGAGAGGUUGCUAGAGAGGUAGUGGUCGUGGUCGAGACUGUGGCGGAGGACAAGGGCGCUGCCCACCGGGCAGUGGGAGAGAGUGGCUGGGUAGUGCUGGCGGCGAGGGUGUCCACUGAAGAAGAAGAGGAGGAGGAGAAGCUUGGGAUUAGCAUGACGGUGGUGGAUGACAGAGGCGGUGGCGCGCUCCUAGAGCCUGGCAAGUGGUGGAGGCGGGGUGCUCGCGCCGGAUCUAGAGUAGAAGCUCAUGUUAGGGGUGGCCGUGGUCAAGGGCGGCGGUGGAGCGGGUCCCGUUCGGCGCAUCGCGUGGUGGGGUACACGAGCUACGCGGACGCCGGGACCAUCCCGGUCCACUACGUGCUGUUCUGGGGCGCGCGUGGCCACGGCGACGCCCGUGCCGCGGCGGUGUUCGAGGACUGCUGCCUGGCCGUGGAGGAGGCCCGUAACAGCGUCUGCCACCAGGGCCGCGCCACCGACCGCUCCAUCGGGCCGCUGGAGAUCCGGGUGGUGCCCGACGGCACGUUCGACAAGCUCAUGGACUACCCUCGCCCGUGUGACGCCUCCAUCAACCAGUAG